AUGGGUACCAGAACCAGCAUAGACCGGCCAGGUCCGGCUACGUCUGGGUUGACGCCUUUAGAGGGCUUUGAGAAAGUUGAUUCUUUAUCGAAGCCUGAAUACUACGAAGCCAAGACAUCUGAACCGAAACAAACAGGGGACAGAGACAGCGUAGAAGACGCUGAAUCUCCUUCUCUCAAGUCAGGCGGGCUUCCACAACGGCCCAAAGGAUGGAGUUGGACACUUGCAGUUAUUGUACUACUAGCUUCUUCCUUUCUUUAUGGCCUGGAUACUACCAUCGUGGCAGACGUUCAAGCACCAGUGGUAGAGCAAUUUGGUGCUGUUCAAAAGCUCAGCUGGCUCGGAUCCGGCUUUCCCCUUGGAUCAGUUGCCACAAUUCUUCCAAUAGGCGCACUUUACAAUAUAUUUAGCAUUAAAAUUAUAUAUAUUGCCUCUAUUAUCUUGUUCGAGGCCGGAAGUGCACUGUGUGGUGCCGCACCAAACAUGAAUGCACUGAUAAUAGGGAGAGUAAUUGCUGGGAUAGGUGGUUCUGGAAUGUAUCUUGGGGUCCUUACAUAUUUCUCUGUAUUUGUCUCAGAGAGGCGCCAGCCGCUUUACGUGAGUACGUCUGGGUUCGUCUGGGGACUCGGUACAGUUAUUGGGCCCGUCAUAGGGGGCUUAUUUGCACAUAGUAAUGCCACCUGGAGAUGGGCGUUUUAUAUCAACCUUGUUCUAGCUGCCGUGAAGGCACCCGUGCUUCUACUCCUGGUUCCCGACUAUCUGCCUAAGCCCCACAAAGGAGCUCUUCAAAAGCUGAAAGAGUUAGACAUCAUCGGUAUGGUUCUUAACGCCGGGAUAUAUGUUGGAUGGGUAAUUCCGAUGACGUUUGCUUCCACUCUCUGGGGAUGGUCCGAUAAUCGCACAAUUGCCUCGUUUGUCGCCUUCGGUGUUAUCUUUAUUGCAUUUGCAAUUCAGCAGGGCAUUCCUCUCUUCACAACUCUAGAGAGACGUGUUUUUCCUGCCCAGUUCUUGAGACGCACAGUGAUGAUCCUCUUAUACGUGAGCACCUCUUGCACGAAUUCCGCCCUUCUCGUUCCUGCCUACUAUAUACCGAUAUUUUUCCAGUUUACGAGAGGUGAUAGUCCGGUGGAUGCUGCAGUACGUCUCCUUCCUUUGGUCAUUCUUGCUAUUGUAUCGGUUAUGGUCCAGGGGAUCACUAUGCCCCUGGUUGGAUACUACACUCCAUACUACACCAUAAGUGGUGUUUUAAUAGUAAUCGGUUCAGCUCUGAUGUCGACAGUUGGUGUGGAUACUCCAGUUGCCAAUAUCUAUGGAUACAGCAUCAUUAUUGGAAUUGGAACCGGACUUGGUAUACAGGCUUCCUAUGGAGUUGCAGCCGCGAAAGUCAAGGAAGAUGAGGUUCAGCAUGCUAUUAACUAUAUCAACUUGGCUCAAAUCGGAGCUGAGACCCUCUCUCUUACUGUUGCUGGAACUAUUUUCCAACAGCUGGCGUUCAAGAAUCUUUCCAAAUACCUGGCUGGACGAGGCUAUACUUCUGCAGAGCUUAUCGCCGCCAUUGCUGGGACACAAUCCGUCAUCCUCCAGAACGGCUCUGAGGAAGUUAGGUCGCUGGCUAUCGAGGCCAUUGUGGAAGCUAUGAAGAAAGUCUACAUCACUAUGAUUGCAGCUGGAGCCCUUCAGGUGAUAUGUUCGGUCUUCCUCCCUCGAGAGAAGCUCUUCAUGAAGCCUGCAGCCGCAUAA